AUGCCACGAGUAACUUCCUUUUUUUUACUCUCCAUUUUAUUCUCUUUUUUCCUUUUCUCCGGGCAAAAUGCAUUAACAAACGAUGACGACGAAAACAAAAGGGCUAGCUUGCUAGCCUUGCUAAAAAACAGCUUUUUCGAUAAUACGGAAAAUAAAAAAGGAAACCACAUAGAGGGUGCAUUGGAAAACAAAAACAAUAGGACCUUACACCCCACAGAUACCGACAAGUUUGACAAAUUUUUGGAUCACUUUUUUAAAUUUUAUGGCAUUUACGUAACUUUCAGUGAUAAGGACAAAAGAGUGUUACACCUCUCUGGGGUUUUAAAUGAGGUGUAUGUGGAUGUAGAGGCCCUCAGCAAAGAAGACCUCUGGAAACAUUUUGGCAAUGUUUACGAGAAGGGAUUCAAUUUGAUUAAUUUAAUCGUACAUAGUAAUUUGGUGCAUCCAAAAUAUCAUGAAACGGUGGUGCAGGGGAUGGAUGGGGUGGUAGGGAUGAAGGAGGUACAGGCUGAACAGAAGGAUGACCCCACGGAAGGGGAGGGAACCCACGAGAAGGUCGACCCCCCACAAGAGAGCGAUUCUGAGCCGACGGUAGACACCACACAUGAAACUCACCCUCACAAGAAAGUGGACCACCCACAAGAGAGCUAUUCUGAGCAGAAGGUAGACACCACACAUGAAAGUCACCCUCACAAGAAAGUGGACCACCCACAAGAGAGCUAUUCUGAGCAGAAGGUAGACACCACACAUGAAAGUCACCCUCACAAGAAAGUGGACCACCCACAAGAGAGCGAUUCUGAGCAGACGGUAGACACCACAAAAGAGAGCGACCCUCAGCCGGAGGACGACCCCGCUGAGAACUACGCCCAUUACGACGCCCAGAAGUUUAAAGGACCCGUCAAGUAUGAUCAAAGCCAAAAAUACGGGGUGAUGCAUGAAAAUGCUCAUGACUACCACUACGAUGGCAAUGAAAAAUACUCGGAGAAUAUGGAUUACGAAAAUGGGGAAGAAUACAAUGCGCAGGAGGAUCAGGACUAUCAUGACUCUGACGAUGAGCACUACGAAUACGACGAACACGACCAUGACGAUGAGGAAGACAAAAAGAAAAUGAAAUACCUAGGGAAAAAGCUCAAAAACUUACUAUCCAUGAAAAACAUAAAACUAAAUAACAACUCCACUGGAGAAUUUAAAGUGAACUUCUACACGAACUACGUAAAUUACAUCAAGACUCCAUACGGUGCACACUUAUUGCCCUUUCCUAAGGACAACUACGAAUACGCCGAGGUCUAUUCAGGUGAUAAGAGCUACCCAAAGAAGCACAAUGAUAACAAAAUUUACUAUGUCGAUGAGAAGGAUCUUAUGUCACCACAUGUAAAAGGGGGCAUGCAGGUGGAGGCACAGGAGGAAGGGUCAUACAAUGUGUACAAAAGCGGAAUGAAGGGGAUCUCCGAAAAGAUUAAAAAGAACUCAGGCAAACAGGGAAGUAAGAAUAUACUGUGGGGGGAAAAAAGGGCAGGAAAAUAUCAAAUAAAGGGAGACAGCAAUGGGGAUGAGGACGACGAUGAUAACGAUGAUUACGAUGGCGACGAUGAUGAAGACCCAGAUAGACACGACCAGCUGCAGAAUGAGCUACUUCACCAAGGGCAUGGACCAAACAAGAAGUCCAAAUAUGGCCAUAAGAAUAAAAAAAUUCAUGGGGAAAGCGUGGACGAUGAAGAAACAACUGACAAGGCAUCAGAGGAAAAGGAAAAAAAGGGCAUGGAUUUUGCUUAUACGUAUUACAACCCGUAUUAUAUGUUCAAGCUGGGAAGGAACAUGCCAACCGGAAAGACGGUGCAACCGAGUGGGAAGGGGGGGCACCUGAAAGGAGGAAAAGGCCAUAAGGAGGAGGAAGAAGAGGAAGUGACAGACGAAGAAGAUGUGGAUGCCGAAACCGGCACGGUGAAGAAGAACACAAAACAAAGCGCUGCAAACAUCUUCGUAAACGCGCUUCUAGAACUGGCAGGCUACCUACAGCCGAGCGAAAGGAAAAACAGUGAACUGAAGGAGGACAAAAAUAUUCUUGGGGAAAGAAGCAAAAACAGACCCAUAUACAAGACAAAAGAAAUGAAGAGCAGAAAAAUGAAAACAAAGAGAGACAUCCUGGACGAAAAGACAAAAGAAAAUGUCAAAGACACCAUGUACAUUAAAGUAGGACAAAAUGGAACAAAUGGAUUCUUAAAUUUCUUCGAUUUUAGAGAAUAUUCAGUAAAAAAAAAUUUCAAAGAUCUCUUAAAAGUGAUGGAAGCCUUAAAGGUGUUUAAUAUAACCGAAACGAUUAUUUUUAUUCAGAAGUUCACAGAAUCUGUGUGUGCAUCGUACUGCAUGGGGAUCACAGAUGUGUUGGAGCUAGUAAAUAAUGACAUGUUAUUGUAUGAGAAGAUGUCUUUCCACUUCCGUAAGAAUGGAAUGACUGUCACGACUAAUUCAGAUUACGAAUUUAAUGGCGUAAAAUUUGAAAGCUUCCUAGCUUUGCUAAACAUAAAUAAAGAAACCAUACCUCUUACUUGCCCUUGUAAAUCCUACACCAAUAAUGUUAUCAGCUACUGUAAGCAAUACAAAUCCAAAAUGAGGGGAUACUUUACCCAGUCGAACCACUCUGAAUACUUGGAAAAGUUCACUCCCUAUUAUCUGCUGGAGCAGUUAAUGCUUCUGGAGGAGAAAUUGAAUUAUAUUAAAAAGAAUGGAAAAAUAUCCUCAGAUACGUCUGUGAAGAAUUUGGAGAGUAAGGAGCUUCACACGACGGCUUACUACCACAACAAGAGGUACUUCCCCCCCUUGAAGGCGUCCAGCGCAUCGGCCACUGUGCCUGUAAGUGGUGCCAGCCGGAAAAGCGGACCUAGCCGCUCCAGCGGAUCUGGAGGAAAGGGAGUUGACGGCAAUGGUGUAAGCAGCCACGGAAACAGCCACGGAGGUGUGGACGUUGCGGACGAGCUUAAAUACCCGGACGUAGACACACUGAACAUCUACUACAACGCCUCCCCAGUGAACCUGAAAAGCAUCCAGGAUGUUAAGAACGUUCUCAUUGACGAAGUCAAGUCGAAAAUAUUUUACAUAAAUUCCUACCGAAUAGGAAACCAGUUUUUCCCCACGUACAGCAACCUAGGCAAAGACGACCACGAUUUGGAAAUUCAGGAGUCGGUUAAUUCUUCCAGAAUGAAAGAGGAAGACACGACGAAUAAGCGAAGCCACAAGUUGGGCAACUUCGUGGGGCCCAAGCUGGAAUCUGUCGAGAAGCACUCCAAAGGGGAAAACAAAAAUGAUGGCAUAGAUGGAGGUAGUGAUGGAAACAGCGGGGAUGAUGGAGACCUGAUGAAGCAGAAAAUCAUGGGAAACAGCGACUGGAUUCCAUUGAAAAGCCCUCCCAACCCUGAAGACUUUUACAACGAGAAAAAGCGCCACACGAACCUUUUUGAUCAUGAGGGGAAGAAAUUGUUCGAAAAUAAAAUGGACGAAAAUGACGGCGUGAGUUUGAAGAGCGCCUUCUUGGAGAAGGAAGCGAGUGUGAAGAAGGUGCCCACAACAGUUGCAAAGGAUUCCGAGAAGGAUGACAAGCACAAGGGUGACGGAGCAGGUGCGACCCAUGGGGCAGAACAAGCGGAAAGCGAGAACAACGUAAAUGAGAAGAAGGUAAAUGGGAACAACGUAAACGAGAGCGACGAACAUUCUGUGGAAUCUCUCAAACUUCAGAUCAAAAUGGAAAAAACCUCCUCGUCUAAGAAGAAAAAAGCAAUCAGCGCCAAGUAUUUAAUUUAUUUUUUUAAAAAUGUACAUGUAUGGAAAACGGGGGAGUAUUGCAAGAAUGUGACCUACAUAGACAACUUGUUGAAGGAAAUUAAUUACAACGAAGAAAUAAUAUUCCAGGAACAUCUAGACGAAGACAGCGUUGUUCUUUACUUCUCCUCCAAUUUGAUGGAUAAAUACAAAGUGAAUAUGGAUUACUUCAUAUUCUUAUUACAGAAAAUUUCACUAAUUAUGUACGUGGAACAUCUCUGUGGAAUUUUCCAGAUAGAGGAAAUGAAGCAAAAUAAGAGAAUUGACAAGUACAUAGAAAACGAAGCAAACAUUCACAACUUUAUGGAAAGACACAUUUUGUUUUCACAUGAACAAUAUUCGAAGAAGAACAAAUAUGCAAAGGAGUUAUCCAUAAUUUCUACUUCGAACUUUUUUUCUUCCAAAAAGGACAUAAUCCUCAAUAGCGAGCCAUACAACAACAUCAUAUUUAACGAAAAGGAGAUUUAUGAAUCGCUAUACAUUUACAUGGAAGAUGUGUUAACAGAAAGAAGGCUGCAUGAAUCCUGGUUGACACCAUACGGAUUCAUCUUGUACAAGCCUUCUUUAAGCGAUGUAGACAAUUACCAAUUAAAGAUAUCCCAAAAUGAAUUCAUCACAAAAUAUUCCAGAAGCGCUAUAGAUAAAUACAUGUAUUAUGAGUACCGAAAAAUGGGCAAUAACAUUGUGCAACACCAUUCAGAAUUGAGUCCCAAAUUAAGUGAACAUUUAAAUGAAAUGAAGGAAUACACUUUAAUCAUUUACAAUGAUAAUCCAUCCAUGACCAACAUUAUAAUCAGGACCACUGUCAACGUUUUCAAUAUUGCCUUUUUGCAGAGCUUGUUAGAGGUCAUUUUAGAAAUUAGGGCUACUCAGCAAUUCUUUUCCUACAAUGGAAGAUUCAUCCCCAUAGACGCCUUCAUCAUUUUGGACGAGGGGGUGAACUACCUCUUCUUUAACUACGUUCCGAAUGAAAAUCACAUCAACUAUGUCGCGUGA